AUGUGGAUCUUCGCUCUGGUCCUGGGCUCCCUCACAGCUUGCACAGCUUGGGCCGGGCACCCACCUUCGCCGCCUGUUGUGGACACCGCGCAGGGCCAAGUCCUGGGGAAGUAUGUCAGCUUGGAAGGAUUUGCACAGCCUGUGGCCGUUUUCCUGGGAGUCCCUUUUGCCAAGCCACCCCUUGGGCCCCUGAGGUUCACUCCUCCGCAGCCUGCAGAACCAUGGACCUUCGUGAAGAACACCACCUCUCACCCUCCUAUGUGCUCCCAAAAUCCAGUGACAGCCCAGGUGCUCUCCGAGCUCUUUAGCCUCACAAAGGAGGGAACUCCCUUCAGGUUUUCUGAAGACUGCCUCUACCUAAAUAUUUACACUCCCGCUGACUUGACGAAGAAAAGCAGGCUCCCGGUGAUGGUGUGGAUCCACGGAGGUGGUCUCAUAAUGGGCGGAGCAUCCACCUAUGAUGGGACGGUCCUCUCUGCCCAUGAAAACGUGGUGGUGGUGACCAUUCAGUACCGCCUGGGCAUCUGGGGAUUCUUCAGCACAGGGGAUGAACACAGCCCGGGCAACUGGGGUCACUUUGACCAGCUGGCCGCACUGCGCUGGGUCCAGGAGAACAUUGCCAACUUUGGAGGGAACCCAGGCUCUGUGACCAUCUUUGGAGAGUCAGCAGGAGGUGAAAGUGUCUCUGUUCUUGUGUUAACUCCCCUGGCCAAGAACCUCUUCCACCGUGCCAUCUCUGAGAGUGGCGUGACCCUCACUUCUGCCCUGGUCAAGAAAGACACGAAGGCCUUAGCUCAGAAAAUUGCUACCUUUGCUGGGUGUAAAACCACCACAUCAGCGGUCAUGGUGGACUGCCUACGUCAGAAGUCAGAGGAUGAGCUCUUGGAGGCGUCAGAGAAAAUGAAUUUUUUCAGUAUGGAUUUUCAUGGAGAUCCCAAAGAGAACCAUCCCUUCGUGUCCUCUGUGGUUGAUGGGGUGCUGCUGACGAAGAUGCCGGAAGAGAUGAUGGCAGAGAAGCAAUUCAACUCCGUUCCAUACAUCAUCGGGAUCAACCAGCAAGAGUUUGGCUGGAUUCUCCCAACGAUGAUGGGUUACCCAAUCUCUGAAGGCAAGCUGGACGAGAAGACGGCCGCUUCACUCUUGUGGAAGUCCUACGCCGCCACUAACAUCCCUGAAGAACUGACUCCAGCGGCCGCUGAGAAGUAUUUAGGAGGGACAGACGACCCUGUCAAAAAGAAAGACCGGUUCUUGGAUAUGAUGGGAGAUGUGUUAUUUGGUGUCCCAGCUGUGAUUAUAGCCCGUGGCCACAGAGAUGCCGGAAACCCCACCUACAUGUAUGAGUUUGGGUACCGACCAAGCUUCUUCUCGGACGUGAGGCCCAAGACGGUGAAAGGGGACCACGGGGAUGAGAUCUUCUCGGUCUUCGGGGCUCCGCUUCUAAAAGACGGUGCCUCCGAAGAGGAGAUUAAACUCAGCAAGAUGCUGAUGAGAUUCUGGGGCAACUUCGCUAGGACUGGGAACCCCAAUGGGGAGGGAUUGCCCCACUGGCCUGUGUACGACCAGGAGGAAGGAUACCUGCAGCUGGGCGUCACCACCCAGGCAGCCCAGAAGCUGAAAGACAAGGAAGUGGCCUUCUGGACCGCGCUCCUCACCAAGGACACAGCCAAGAAGCCGCCCCAAACAGAGCGCGUUGAGCUGUGA